AUCGUAUUCACAACUUCUUCACCGCGUCUCACUUCAAACCGUGUGCAUUAAACCUUGCUCCUUUUUUCAACGCGAGUUACUCCAAACCAAACUUUUUAUUCACUCCCGAUAGCAUAUUUCGAAUCCACAUCCCUGCCGGGUCCUCACCGGUCCGAUCGAAUUGUAAAACAGACCAGAUAUCCCGCGAUCUGUGGCUGCUUGAAACAGCUCUACGAAUCCCGUGUACCGAGCGGAAAACUUUUCGAGUCGUGCCGGGAUGUUCUUGCAUAAUGAGACUAUCAUUAACGGUCCACUGGCUUUCAUCGGCGAGGAAACGGGGUAUGUUCCGUCGAUGCGAGAAAGAUUUCUGGGUUGGAAUGUGCCGCCAGAGAAUUCCGAUCUCGUACACCCCCAUUGGAGAGGAUUCCUUGCACCUGGAAAAUUUUGGCACAUUGGACUGGCGCUCAUCUACACGAUACUGUUAGUAAUGUCUGUCGUAGGAAAUUCUUGCGUCAUAUGGAUAUUUAGCACAUCAAAAUCGUUGAGGACGCCUUCGAACAUGUUCAUAGUUAGCCUGGCGAUAUUCGACAUAAUAAUGUCUUUCGAAAUACCAAUGUUCGUGAUAAGCAGUUUUAUGGAACGUAUGCUCGGUUGGGAAAUCGGCUGCGCUAUCUACGCAGCCUUAGGUUCGGUCUCUGGAAUGGGGCAAUCCAUUACGAAUGCCGCCAUCGCCUUUGAUCGAUACAGAACCAUUUCCUGCCCGAUCGAUGGACGGCUCAACUCGAAACAAGCCGGGGUAAUCAUAGGUCUCACGUGGUUCUGGGUGACACCGUUCACUGUUUUACCGCUGCUGAAAGUCUGGGGUCGAUUCACUACCGAGGGUUUCCUUACCACUUGUUCGUUUGAUUUCCUCACCAACGAUCAAGAUACGAAAGUUUUCGUGAUGUCUAUCUUCAUCUGGUCCUAUGUGAUUCCUUUAACUUUUAUCGUAUACUUUUACUCUCAAUUACUCAAGUCUAUUCGUAAUCACGAGAAGAUGCUACGAGAUCAGGCAAAGAAGAUGAACGUGAAAUCACUGGUGUCGAAUCAAGAUAAGGAGAGGAGCGUUGAAUUGAGAAUCGCUAAAGUCGCAUUUACCAUCUUCUUCCUCUUCCUUCUAGCGUGGACACCAUACGCGACUGUCGCUUUAAUCGGAGCAUUUGGCAAUCGAGAACUUUUAACGCCGAUAGCUACGAUGUUACCUGCAGUGUUUGCGAAAACCGUAUCUUGUAUCGACCCAUGGAUUUAUGCGAUCAGUCAUCCAAGAUAUCGACAAGAAUUGCAGAAACGGUGCAAGUGGAUGGGCAUUCACGAACCAGAAACAACUCACGAUUCCGCCUCUGUCCAGACUGAAAAGGUCAAGACCGAUGAUGCAUAAAUCGAGCGUCCUAAACUUUGCAACUCGAUGCGCUUGUUGGCAUGGCUGUUUUUCGAGUACUUGGAUCGAGAUGCACUGAACAAGCCACCACGAGUGCCAUCUCGAUCUUUCGUCUUUGGUUUUUACUUUCAAUUUCCGUAUAAAUACGUGGAGUCUGAAAUUCUACGUAAUUAUACACGACAGAUUGCAACAUACAAUCGAUUGUACUCUUAUUAAAGCAUUAUUAAAGUAAAUUAC